CGUUCGAGAACUUGGCUACCAUCCGCCAGCUGUCCUCAGUAAUACCACACACGCUGCCUCUGUAGUGCCGCACACUUCAGCAGCUGCCGUCGAAUCACAUCGGCGACUGUAGCUGACUGUCUCGUCGCCACGAACCUCACGUCGGCGUCGCUCCUCCAUCCCACCCGGCCCGUCCAACGCCGACAAAGUCACGCUGGCUUCCCAAUCCUCCUUCUCCGCGUCCAGUGGCCAACGCAGGAGGCGCUCUUCUGCUGCAAGGCAAUUGCCGCCCAGUAAUAUCAGCCUUCCGGAUAGUGCAGAGUCGCGAAGCAGGCUAGGCACAACCAGCGGUCUUCACGGCCGCUCGCUGGGCGAAGCCUUACCUUCGAUUCCUGGCACGCCAGGCGCCUUCGAAAUGUCAAGAUCGCCUUCGCCUCAGCCAGGCGGAUGGUCGAGCCCGGGCUUGAACACUCCAUACGAUAACAGUGGGCGGACGAGCCCAUACCCGAAUGGCUCCUCUUCACACAAUGUCACUUGGGCAUCGGCUCAAGCGCGAAGCGCUGAUGUGAAAGGAUACCCCGGCUUCACCCCGAGAAACCAGGGCUUCUUUGGCAAGCACUUUCGCAGGAUCUCCACAAGCUUGCCCUUCAACCACGGCGAUAAGGAGAAACUAGGUCGUGGGCGGUCGCAAAACAAAGUAAUGCGGGCUUUGAAUGGCAUAGCCUGGACAAUAUGGCGUCUGCGGAAACGGGUCGCGUUGGUACUAUUCGUAGUAUUCUUCUUCAUCUUCUACAAUUCAAACACACCCAUCCGUCGUAUGUACAGACGGUCCGCAUGGUUCGGCGGCGGCAGCAAAUACGUCGUUAUACUCGCAGCGAACCAAGGUGGAGGUGUUAUGGAAUGGAAGGGUCCCCGCGAGUGGGCCAUCGAACGCGACAGCGUCAAGAACAAGAAGAAAUACACAAGAAAUUGGGGCUACGAAUUGGAAAUCGUAGACAUGAGCACUAAGAAGCGUUAUGCGCACGAGUGGAGAGAAAGUUGGGAAAAGGUUGACACGAUUCGCAACGCUAUGCGCAAGUACCCGCAUGCUGAAUGGUUUUGGUGGCUUGAUACGAACACGUUCAUUAUGGAGCCGACCUACUCCCUCCAGAAGCAUGUCUUCAAGCAGCUACAAGACGUGACUUACCGCGACAUCAACGUUUAUAAUCCCCUCAACAUCACUCAUCCGCUGACCGACGAAUACCUCGACCCAGAAACACGCUCGCCAGUGGGAGACGGCAAGGUCGAUUCUGUCAACAUGCUCUUACCCCAAGACUGUGGCGGUUUCAAUUUGGGCUCUUUCAUGGUGCGAAGAAGCGCAUGGACCGACAGACUGCUUGACAUCUGGUGGGACCCUGUCGGUUACGAACAAAAGCACAUGGAGUGGGAGCAUAAAGAGCAAGACGCUUUCGAGUACAUGUACCAGAACCAGCCCUGGAUCAGGCCUCACGUCGCCUUUAUCCAGCAACGCCAGAUUAUGAGUUUCCCACCCGGCGCAUGCGGUGAGAAUGGCGACAACCCCGAUAUCCACUACCGAGAGCAAGACCGCGACUUUAUGGUCAACAUGGCUGGCUGCGAAUGGGGUCGCGACUGUUGGGCUGAGAUGUACAAGUACCGCCAACUCAGUAACCACCUGAAUCGCACACCCUGGGAGAAGUUCAAGGACGGUAUUUCGGACUUUUUUAAGAGUAGGACCAAGAAGGAGGAGAAGAAGAAAGAAGAGAAAAAGAAUUAGAGAUUUCACGAAACGUGGGGGCUGGUCUGGAUGAACUGGAACGCAUUUCGAUAUAUUCUGGAUUUCCCUAAGCCUGCGGCUCGGCUUACGAUUUUGCCAUAAUACCCGCACGCAUAGAGGAGGAUGUAUGACAGUGGCAUGAUAUCUGCAUG